CUAUGGUGCGUAUUUGCUGAAGUUAGACCAAGCUGAAUAACUGCACCUGCAGGGACUUAAAACCCUGCCACUCAGUCCGACAUCAUGGGCGCAGUGUGCGGAUGCGCGUGGUCGUGCAGACCGAUGUGGCGGCUUUUUAUCCUCCUGGCCACAGUGCCGUGCGUGUUGCUCUCUUCGGGGAGUCCUGCAACAGUGGUUGGCAAAGUGUAUCCACGCGGAAAACACUGGGCAGUAGGUCACUUGAUGGGAAAGAAGAGCACGGAGAACCUUCCCCUGUCGCGGCAGACAAACCCCGACAGUCACUACCUCCACCUCCGCGGGACACCCGGGGCCACGCAGCACCUGAUGGAGGCUGCGAUGCCACAGAGGGGCCAGAAGCACACGAUGCCCCGGACCGCGAGCCUGCUGCUGCGCCUGCGCGAAGAGGAAAGAGACAAGUAUCUCAGCGAGAUGUCUGACCUGCUUCUUCUGGCUCUGGAGCUGCGAGACCAUGAAUCCACCUGAAUGCAAGUGCGGAGUGUCUUCAUCGCCUACUAAACAUCUGUAAUCACAUAUUUUAAUAUUUAAUGAAUAUGUAAUAAUAAUAAAUAUGUAAUUAAACAACUAUCAUAUGCAUCAUGCAGUUUGAUAACAGACAAACAUUAAAAAAAGGUGAUGUUUUAUGAACUGGGGAGGUUUAAUGAAUGUAACGUUGUGGAUGUUUCAUCAUGGUUUGCAUUUCUUUUUACCUCCCAUUCAGUGUUUUUGUUCUAAAAAAAAAAAAAUGCUUCUGAAGCUCAUUCCACCCGUACAGUACCCGGUUUGUACCACCAGACGGCGCACAACACCCGAUGGGACUUCAAAAAAGAUUAAUUUUGUUAUUCAGAACCAUUUAUUACCCAGCAUGUCGCACAAACUGGGAAUAUUACUUUACCAGUAAAGACAAUAUUACUUACCGAAUAAGUGAGCUUUGAUGCUUCUUUUGUCUCAUCCUCCAGAGUAAACACUAACAGUAGAAUAGCUGACUAUUACCAGCCCUCAUGUGGUUUGAGACAAUAGGAAAUGCUAAUUGAAACUA